AUGACUCAUAGUUCAUUAAGAAAAAUCACGCAAACUUACUUGCAAGACCGAAAAACUGGCCAACGUUUUCGUCUCAAUGGCGACCAAGAAACAUCUUAUAUGCCUGAAAAAGAAUGUCUACGGCAAGAUUUCACUCAAUGCGUUAAGUAUACACCAUCACAUUUACCAGAAAAAGUUGAUCUUCGUCCAUGGAUGACCGAGAUCGAAAAUCAAUCAAGCAUCAGUAGUUGCACGGCAAACGCCAUGGCUGGAGCUUAUGAAUACUUGAACUACAAAUCAACUGGUAAUCAAAUUGAUGUUAGUCGUCUUUUCAUCUACUACAACAGCCGUCUUAAGGGUCUGAAGCAAAAUCAAAAACUCGCCGAUACAGGUUCUGCCAUUCAGUAUGCAGUUGAAAGCUUGGAAGAGUCAGGUGUGUGCCUUGAAUCACUGUGGCCAUAUGAUAUUAAAAAGGUCAAUGCUAAACCUAUCCAACAAUGUUAUAGCGAAGCCGAAGAAUAUACGAUUACUGAAGCACUCCAAGUCCAUAUUGAUAUAAAUGAAAUGAAAUCUUGUCUUGCUCAAGGAUUUCCUAUAAUUGUCAGUCUCAAUUUGUACAAGUCCUUCGACAAAGCCAAAGCAAAGGGUAAGGUUCCAAUGCCCAAAGCGAACGAAACUUCCCGUGACAGUCAUGGCAGGCAUGCUGUUCUCUUAUCUGGCUAUAGUAACUCAUCAAAAGCAUUCAUUGUAAGAAAUUCGUGGGGCAAAGGUUGGGGUGACAAGGGUUAUUGUUAUGUGCCCUAUGAUUAUAUGGGAAAUAAGAAAUUAUGUAAUAUUGCAUGGACGAUAAAAAAAUUGGCGGUGGAUGAAAUGGGAGAAGAUGUAUGGGUUGAUGAAGACGAUAUCAAUUAUUUAGAUGAAGAAGACGAGGAUGAUGAUGAUGAUGAUGAUGCUGAUAUUGAAAAUAUAGUAGAAGAAGAAGAAGAUGAUGAUAAUGAUGGUGAAGAAGAAGAAGAAGAAGAAGAAGAAGAAGAAGAAGAGUAG